AUGUUGUGGUUGACUGAGACUCAGAAGUUUGGAGUUGGAUUUACAGCUUUAGGUGUUGUGGUAUUUUUCCUUGGAGUUAUAUCAUUUUUUGAUUCAGCAUUGCUAUCAUUCGGAAAUAUACUAUUUAUAAUUGGAUUACCAUUAAUCAUUGGGCCAUUAAAAACUGUUAAUUUUUUUUUAAGACCAAAUAAACUAUAUGCUACAAUUUGUUUCAUAUUAGGAAUUGGAUCAAUACUAUUAAAACACCCAUUUAUUGGAUUUUUAAUCGAGAGUUAUGGAAUUUUAAAAUUAUUUGGAGAUUUCUUUUCGGUAAUUAUAUCGUUUUUAAGAAAUUUGCCAAUCAUUGGAAAUAUUUUAUCACAUCCAAAGAUUGCACCAUUUAUAGAUAGGUUAACGGGACAAACUAUAUUGCCUGUAUGA